CACAUCUUUAAGUUAAACAGCAGUCUCUCUUUGACUAUUAAAAAGGUUAUUCUGCUUUUGAUAUUCCGGAUAUAUGAGAAGAUUCUCAGGUUUAUGGAACGUACAUCUUGAUACUGUGCAGUUUAAUGGCCUUAGUCGCGUGGUAGGCGUCGCUGUACAAGGUCGACCAUUCAACACGGAUCCGACUGUUGCCUAUAUGGACUGCUGCUACCAUCGAGUAACCUCCUACAAGUUCCUCUACAGCUGGGACUGUCAACAUUUUACGACGGUCAAGGACCCGAAUGGGUCUGAUAUGAUAUUUGCCGGAAACACGGACCAGGACACGGUUGUUACAUCGAUGUUGCCAAAGCAGGUGUCUGCUGUCUGCGUCAGGAUCAAUCCGGUUACUUGGGAGGGGUUUAUCGCCCUCCGAUUUGACAUUCUUGGGUGUCAAGUGAACUAAAAAGGAAUCCUGAUGGUCUUGAAGCGAUAUUUUGGCUCUAAAAGUUGCACUCUCAUAGAUAUACCAUUUUUACGACUUUUUUUAUUUUUUUGUCUUGGGAAGAGCAUUUUUUUUUGCAUUACAUCUGCAAACCAAUGAUAUUAGUUUGCUGACAAAA